AUGUCAGAAACAAUAUCUCCUGGGAAGCCGCCCUACCUCACGCUUACCAUCUCCCAGGCGCUCUCGCUUCCACCUCCACCCGCGCCGGAGCCCAAGCAGCAUGACUCGGUCAAUGCCAUGCUCGACGAGCGAGCGCGUCACAUGCCGGAACAGUUGGCUGUUGGGUUCACCCAACUCACCGCGGACGGCGCCUGGACGUGUCGCACCCUGACGUACGCACAGGUAUCUUCGCUCGCAGUCGCCUUGGCGGGUGAGCUGCAAGCCCGGCUUAGGAGCAGAGAGUCGAACCGCAAGUCGCCCAACCAGACGCCGCUGGUUGCGGUGCUUUCGCGGUCCGGUUUGGAUCUGUUCGCGCACAUUGUCGCGCUGUGGAGGCUCGGGUUCGGCGUGCUGUGUAUCGCUCCCGGAUCGCCCGCUGAAUCGAUUGCCAACCUGUUGAGGCUUACGGAGACCAGGAUGAUUCUGGCACAUGCAUCGCAGGUCGACUCAGCACGCGCAGCCGUGGACGCAGCGGGUGCAGGCGCGCCGGAUUCUGCUUUCCAGGCACAUGUCGGCGAGAUGCUCUCCAACAUAGACCAGCUCGUAAACCGCAACCCGGGGAGCCAGCCGGGCACAGUCCAAGCGGGACCUACAGCAGGAGCAGGACCAGACGACGUGCUCGUGACCAUGCACACAAGCGGCUCCUCUGGUUUGCCCAAACCCAUCUACCAGCUGCACCGUUUUUGGACCGCUUCGAUGCUCUCUGCCCCCGGACGCGAGCUGUCCGCGUUCACUACAACGCCGCUCUUCCACGGUGGCAUGUCCGAUCUGCUCCGCUCGAUCCAAGCCGGUUCUUGCAUAUACUUCCACCCGACCGCCGAUCCGGGUGCUCUGUCGACUGCAGCGAUCUAUCAAGCCAUCACCGCUUGCAGGAGACCCGUGUCGUACUUCCUCUCAGUGCCGUAUAUUUUGGAUAUGCUCUUCUCGGACCGUUCGGAUACAGGGCGGCAGAUGCUUACGAGCAUGCAGCUGGUCAGCACGGGGGGUGCGCCGCUGCCCCAGCAGUUGGGCGACGACAUGGUACAGCGGGGGGUGAAACUCGUUAGUCGGCUAGGCAGCUCGGAGUGCGGCUUCCUCAUGUCUUCCUGGCGCGAUUUUGAGCGGGAUCAAGAGUGGAACCACUUGCGCAUCCCCGACAAGCUAGGUCAGAGCAUGCUCCGCUUCGAACCGCACGACCCUUCGGUUGAAGGAGGCCUCUUCGAGCUGGUAGUGACGAAGGACUGGCCGGCAAAGCUAGUAGCCAACCGCGAUGAUGGCAGCUACGCCACCUCUGAUCUCUACUCGAAGCACAGCGUCCUCCCCAACACGUGGAAGUACGACUCGAGGUCAGACGACACCAUCGUCCUCGUCUCUGGAAAGAAAGCCACCGCGCCCGUCGCCGAACAAAAGCUCAAAACAUCCCCACUCGUAACCGAUGCCAUCGCAUUCGGCGCCAACAGGGCCAUCCUCGGUGCACUUGUCUUCGUCAGCCCCGAAGCUGUACCUCGAGACGCGCCGUUCGACGAUACGCUGAAAAGAAAGUUGCUCAAGCAGCUCCAGUCGGUGUUUGGGGCGAUCAACGCGGCUUCACCACCGCAUGCACAGCUAGCCACGGAGAUGGUCUGCCUCUUGCCGCCUGCAGAAGCAGCCAACGUACCACGAGCGAGCAAGGGGACGCUCCAACGGGGUCGCGCUUACCAGCACUAUGCCGACCUGAUCGACUCGAUCUACGUCGAUUUCGAAGAGGGCCGGUCUUUGCGUCUUCAUUCCACCAACGGCGACGGCGGUGGUGCUGCUGCUGCUGAAAAGGAGGUGCUGAGCGGAGAGGACUUGAUCCGGUGGCUGCAGGCGAAAGUGCACGAUAUCAACGGGCGCAACCUGUCGCCAGACACGGACCUGUUUGUGGCGGGAGUGGACUCGAUCCAGUCCGCGAGGAUUCGAGCUGCGGUGCAUCAGAAUAUCGAGUUAGGAGGCAAGCUGUUGGAGCGCAACGCAGUGUACGAGUAUCCGACCUUGCGGAUGCUUGCGCAGCAAAUCGAGGAUGUGCGAGUGGGUGUAGGCGAGGGACAGGGUGGUGGUGUGGAUGAGCGGCAGCAGCGCGAGCUUCAGCUCAUGCGCGAUCUUGUGGAAAAGUACUCCCAAGCACCCUCUCAGAUUGCUAUCGACGAGCUUGCGUUGAAGGCGGAGACAAGUGAGGAAGCCGACAAGGGCACACUUUACCUGCUGACGGGAGUAACCGGUGGACUGGGUGCGCAGAUGCUCGAUCAUGUGGUCCAGCAGCUCCAGCAGCAAGACGCAGUCGUUUGUCUGGUACGAGCAGACAGUGCCGACCAUGCUCACAAACGAGUUCUCGACUCUUUGGCAUCCCGUCACCUUACCGCUACUCACUCGAUCGUCGAGGCGCCAAACAGCCCAGUCCACACCCUUCCCGGCGACCUCACCCGCUCAGACUGCGGCAUCCCUUUCACCCAUCUAUCUCCACUCGUCAAACACAGCAAGGUGGUAACGAUUCACUCGGCGUGGUCCGUCAACUUUGUCGCGUCGCUGAGCAGUUUCGAGCACGGAAACAUCGCCGGACUGUCUCAUCUUAUCUCUCUCCACCAAGCCCUUGUCGCCACCACACGAUCUCACCGCCAGGCGUCGUGCUUCACGUUCUGCUCUUCGGUCGCAUCGGUCUUGGGUCAGGAUGCAAACCGAGCGUUGGAAGAGACGCUGUCAACGGCACCCGAGGACGCCGUGGCUAUGGGGUAUGCACGCAGCAAGUGGGUUGCCGAGCAGAUUGUUGCGCGUCGCUGUGCUUCCUCGUCUGACGGAGAGGGGGCGCAUCGGAUCGUUCGAAUUGGUCAGUUCUGUUCCGACACAGUCCACGGCGUGUGGAACCAGAGCGAAGCAUGGCCUAUUCUCAUUUCCAUCAGUUGCAAAUUGGGCAUCUUUCCAGAUCUGCGGGAGAGAUUGGAUUGGAUCAGUACCGAUGUCGCCGCGAAAAGCGUGCUCGACAUCUCGCUCUCCUCGGACAAAGACAAGCGUGUGUACAACGUCGCCCAGCCCACCACCACCACCUCCCAUCCAGCCCCGGACUGGAAAACACUCUUCGAAUGGCUCCAGUCAUCCAACCUAACCCUCACUCUCAUCUCACCCCAACAGUGGCUUGAAAAACUCGAAUCAUCCAACGUCGACCAUCGAGGCCUGCUGUCCCUAUGGCGGAAAAACUUCUCUCCCUCUGCCUCUGCCUCCCUCGAACCCACCCAGCAGGUUGGAUUCAACUGCGAAAACGCCCUCGCCACGAGCAGCACCUACCGCAACUGGCAACAUCAAGGCGUCACUCUACCACUCAUUCAAAAGACCGUUCGAAGAUGGAAAGAGGUCGGCUUUCUUUCGUGA